UGUAGCUAAUGAAAAAAAUAAUCAGCUUUAUUUUAAAUUUAUAUUGUGACAUGAAUUUGAAUACUAAAAUGAGAAGACUCGUCAGAGCUCAAAUUUAAAUGAAGGACCUUUGAUUUUGUAUGCUUUUGUCUUCUGUAACCCAUUAAAGAAUAAUUACAGUGAUGUAUUCAGGAAUUUUAGAAAUCCAAGAGGCUGAUCCCAUGACUUGGUGAAAUUUCACAAUAUGUUUUGUAAAUAAUUUUAAAGAGUAACUUAUUAAAUGUGUAUUGUGGCCUUUUGGGUCAUGAUAUUUUGUAGUCAUGUGGGUGGGUACCACUGCUUUGGAAGAACACGCUUCCUUCUGUUUCAGGGUAUCCACCUACCAGACUACAUGGAUUCAUAAGAAAACACCACAGUUAAUGUUUUCUUUUUAUAUUGCACAACUGUAGCAUGAUUAAAGAAAGUAAAGAUAAACAACGGGAGAAGAAUGGCAGUAAUGCAUCUGUUAAGACUGAGCUUCCUAGCUCACAGGGGCAGAGUUCAGAAACUGCAGUGAAAGAAGAGCCAGGGACAGAGUCCCAUGUGAAUAGUGGGGAGGAAGGGGACACUAGUUGCAAAAAGAAUGGAAUACGGGUGAGUGGUGGAAAUAGUGCUACAGGGAGCAGCUCAAGUUGUGGUCAUGCUGACAUAAAGCCCAGCCUCAUUGGUUCAACGAAUACUGGGACAGUGACCAUGGGUCCUGUUCGAUCAUCUUCAGCUACUCAUAUAACAAGUGACCUCUGCUUGGUGGAUGGUGCACAAGAAGGAACAAAACCUGAGGAGAGCAGUUCCCAAGACAAACCUACAUCAUGCAAUACAGUUAAGACUGAAAUUAAUGGCAGUACCAAUCAUGAAUUCAGUAAUGCUGAUCCAUGUAGUGAAGGAAAUGUAUCACUGGGCAUAUCACUCUCCAGUUCAGGUCCUCCACCUAACGGAGUACAGCCUCUUCCUAGUAAUGUCAUCAAUAAGCAGCCCGGUACCAUGGAAGCACAAUAUAUGCAGCAACAGAGUCAGAUCUUCGUGUUUUCAACUACACUUGCCAACAAGUCUGCGGAAGCUGUACUGCAGGGCCAGUUCCCAUCCAUCAUUGCUUACCACUGUGCUCAGCCAGGAACAAAAAAGUAUUUAGAGAAACACCCUCUGAAGAUGAAUCAGUUCAAUCGACAGAACCCUGCGCAAUGGCUUAACAGUCUGGCUCAGAUGAAGCAAAAGGCAGGUCCUGGUGUAAUGAAGGGCCUCAACCCUGGCGGGGUCCAGGGUGACAUGGGAGCAAAUCCCAGUUCAGGGGGUGGAAUGGGAAUAUGGAAUCAGAACAACAAUAUAAUGAACAACAUAAAUACAGUGGGCAGUGCAGCCAAUUCCAUGAUGCAGUCGUGUGCCAACAGUGUCCUCAGCAGCUGUCCUGUCUCCAGUUCUCUGACUCCAAGCAGUGGUCCUAUGAAGGCCCCUGGUAUCGAUAGUCCAUGCAUGAUGCCUGGUUCACCAAAUGCUAAUCCCAUGAUGGCUAGUGGGAUUGGACAUCACAGUCCUAGCAUUUCCACAGGCACUCCUGCCAUGAUGCCAGGAGGUGCACCUGAUAUUGCAAGCAGUCCAGUCAUGAAUCCCAACAGCAGUGUUCCUCAGCCUACUCUCACAGGUGUCAAAGUUCCUGAUGAAAACUUAACGCCUCAGCAGAGACAGCAUCGUGAAGAACAGCUGGCAACAUUGCGCAAAAUGCAACAGAUGCUAUUUCCAGAACACCAGUCCCCAGUACCAGAUGGGGGUAAUGUAAACCAGCAACCAGAAGGGAUGUUAAUGCAGCAUGGGAUUGUACCAGUGAUGGGACUGGGGCCUGGGCCUGGACCUGGUCCAGGUCCAGGUCAGUCAGGAAUGAAUAAUAAUGGAGGCCCAGGAGUGAUGACACAGAAAGGUAUUAUGAUGGGGGGAUUGGGUGGCCCCAAUCAAAUUACUCCAACAUCAGUGGCAGCUCAGAUUGAGUGGCAAAAACUACAGCAUCAGUUCUAUGAGGAGAGGAAGAAGAAAGGUCCAUCUGGCUUGGUAAUGGGAGGCUCGGGUUCUGGGAUUGGGAGUCCUGCAAGCUCUUCUGUCCAGCAGAUGGGCCCAAGUGGUCCUGGGUCUUGUGGAUCCAGGCUUCCUGGGGCAGGAGGAGGAACUGGGACAGGGCCAGGGUCAGUAGGGUCUGGCCCAAGAGCACAAGGACCCCCUCCACCAUAUCAUCAGACCACAAGAUCUGCCAGUGUUCCUAAUGCUAUGCCCAGCCCAAAUCCAGCAUCUCCCAAUAAUCCCACCUCUAACCUCUCACUUCCAUCCCCACGAGCUGCAUCUGGCCUAAAUUCACCAGCAGAUCCAAAUCGACAGCAGUUCUCUAUGGGCAGUAAUGGCAGUGGAAAUGGUGGAAGUUCCACACGUUUGGUGGGAUCAGGACCCAGUCCCACUGGGACACACAGUACAUCCCUGGAGUCUCCCACUGCAAGCCGGCCAGUAAAUUUAAGUAACCCUGGCACACCGGUGUCUACACAUCUUUCACCAAGCGCAGCCAGGAAGGAGUCAAGCACAGAGUUCCCAUCCCUGACACCAAGUUCAAGUAGUCAACCAAACACAUCAACAUCAAAUCAGCAGCCUGCAGUUGAUGGCAUGUAUUGUCGAACGCUGCAGUCUAUGGCUCAGCAAAAGCAACAACAGCAACCAAAUCAAUCAAAUAAGGAACCGAACUUGAUGCCUGUUCCUUCUCCACAACAAAUCCAGUACCUGAAUACAUUUGAUGGCCAAGAACUUACCAUUCAGAAGCAACCGAACACGAGUCUGAAAGAUACGAAUAUUAGGUCACCAACCCUUCCACCGCCUAACCUGGAUUCCAGCUUGCAAACAUCAAGUUCUGACAUUGCAGGUGCUCGAAUAUCUGGUCCUGGAACACCAUUGACUCCCACCUCAAUGGAGGUAGGUUCCCGUUACUCAGCCACAACUGGAGAGAUGAGUAGGUUUCCCAUACCUAGCCCUCACACACCUGGUGCUCCAAAUACAACAGAACCCAAGAGUCAAUCACAGCGUUUCCCAGGGCCCACUUCACAGAACCAAGGCACACUUACCCCAGGCAUUGAUCCAUUGAACAAGGCUCAAGCAACAGAAGUGGGAUCAAGGUUUCUCAGUUCAAGCCCUCAGAUGGUUGAUGGAAUGGGUCCACCAAGAUUGCCUGUUGCUGGAAGUGGGCCCACAAGUACAUCACCAGCCAUGACCAAUCCCACUCAGAAUUUCAUGCAGCAAACUGCACCAGCCAUGGGUGGUAUGAAAGUUACGUCCCAUUUCCUGGAAGUGUCUCCUUCAGGAAAUACCUCAGCUGCAGUAGAAGUUUCACCUACUAGUUCUGGAAAUUUUCCCUGUAUGCGGUCUGAAAAUGUACCACUAAAUCCUAAUGGCAACAGUGGAAUACCAUGCAAUGGCAAGAGUGCUCAUUUUGAUCCUAUUACAUCAAUGGCACAGAUGAGCCAGCAGUUGACUAGCAGUGUGGCAAACUCUCCAGGUGGUCAGAACACUGGAUUAAUGAACAGCAUUCCUACUGGUAUGUUGCCUUUUAAUUCUAACAUGCAUCCUAUGCAAAUGAAUGAUAUGGGCAGUUGUCAGGGACUACAGGAUGGCCAAACAUCUGCAGGUGGCCUCAUGAAUACAAUAGGACCAGGGGUUCCUGGAAGUCAGCCAGGGCCAGCAAACUUUGUGGGCAUGCCACCCCAUUCAUUUAGUCCAAAUGGAGGAAUGGUUCAGUGUUCAGGCUCUGUAAGCACAACACCAAGUAUGAACCAACCUAUCAUGCAUGCAAAUAGUUCUGCCUCACCUAAACCUGGAAACAUGAUAAUGACCCUUGGUCCAUCAAGAGGAUCAUCUCCUUACACUUCAAGUCCAGUCCCUCAGAGGAUGAUAGGACGACCUCCAGGCCCUAACCUGUACAGUGGUACCAAUGUACAAGUUAAAGCCAGUGCUCCAAACACCAUCCAGUAUCUCCCUGCCAAACCUCAAACUGGGAGCUCUGGUCCCAGGGGCCCUCCCAGUUUGGAUUUCCUACAGCGUUUCACAAGCCCACUGUCCAAUUUAGAUACAAAGGUUCCUACCCACAAUCUGCAGUAUUUCCCCACCAGUGGCCAACCUAAUUCUGCAAAUAUGGGUAGACUUAAUGUGUCCAUGAACAGACCAAAUGGAGCUAUGAGUGGUGUGAAUUCUCAAAUUGGAGGCCUUCCAGGAACAAACUGUAGUGGUGUUGGUGGUCAUAUGGGUGGGCUGAGUGGCCCAAUUAUUGGCUCCAAUGUACCUUUGGUAGGCAUGAACUUACCCAUGUCAGGUGGCAUGGUAAUGGGAUCAGGAGGACCUUGUGUUGGUAUGACUCAGUUACGCGGCAGCUUACGACCAGGAGGGAUGAUGAGGAUGCAGCAAAUGGGAGGCAGCGUGUUUGGUCUCCCAUCCAGCCCAGGACAAACAGUUGGAGAUCCGAUAUUUGGAGGCGGUCCAAAUCCAAACAUGCCUGGAAAUGCUCAGAACACACAGAUGUUUGUGCCUGGCCCUAAGUCUUCUCCAAUGGGACUUGGUAGUGCCCCAGAUGCGACUCAGCCUCUUCCGCCUUCAAUGGGACAGACUAAUAACUUUAAGAAUUCGCCUUUUAUUGGGCCUACUACAGCUGACCCUAAUUAUGCUCAGCAGUUCCAUAACUUCCAGCAACAGUUGUAUGCAACAAACACAAGGAGCCAGAUGAACAAUCAAGGUAUGGGUCCAAAUCAGUCCUUCUUUGUUCCCAAGUAAUUUAAUGUAAAUUCUUAAUCAUAACAGAAAUGGGAACCCUCAUGCCUAUACAUAAUUGAGAUUAUAUUUUCAUACAUGUAAAUAGUGUCUCAAAGAACAAUCAUAGCAUUCUGGUGGAAGAGUGUGGAGUGCAAUAAUCAAUGUAAGUGUAUAGAGACCUAAAACUAAGUUUUUCUCUCUCUCCGAGGAAAUUAUUAGCAUGAUUCCAUGUCUGUUGGUAGUCACUCCAGUAAUUUAAAGGGACUCUCAACCCAUGCUAAAAGUUUAACAUAAAUGGGUUAUCCCCACAUUACACCUGGAGUUGUGAUUGUCAUGAAGCUUUUAAGAGAGGUAUUCGGUCAAUUGCAUUAUGGAAGAAACCAAGGUAAAAGAAUCUUGUCCUCAAGCAUGAAAAGGAUGUAACCCAAAUGGGCAUGCAAUAAUAGCUUUUGGUAAAGACUCUAAUUUUGUCACUUGUGGGAUGAGGGAGGAAGGGACUGUCAGGUGGGGGAGGGAUAUGUACAUACUGUGUAUAGCAUCGGUUCAGAAUGUAUUGGCCACAAGCAUACUUGUGUAGUGUUCCACCAAACUGGAUGUUUUGGCUCGGGUAAUAUUUACUGAUCCAUGUUGUCACCUUGUCUUUAAUGGUUUCAACUUCCUGCAUUCCUCACAACUCUCAAGAGUAGAGUCUUGUACUGUGCCAGUUCUUAUAUUUAAUUAUAUGACUUUAGAGGAAAAAUUGUGGUCAGAAUUUCUAAAUUUUGACAUAAUGCCUACGUAAGGUUUUAGACAGUGUUCUGUUUUAAAAAUUGCAUUAAAAUACAGAAAUACUGCAAACUGAAAUGUCCCUUUUUCCUUCAUUGACAUUAUAUGCAAGACAUGAAUUAAAAUAUUCAAAGCCUGUCUUUUCAUAAACAUGUAUGUUAUCACAGGGAAGGAAAAUGGUAUGAAAUGUCUUAAUUUUCAGACAAUCUGUCAUAGAAUCUUUCUCAUUUAUAUUUCAGAAGUUCUGGGAUGAAACGUUUUUGUAUCACUUGCAUUUUCAAGUGCAUGUGAAAUCUCUUUAUAGCAAUGUUCAGGGUGUUUUUGGUUCUUAUGAAUUGUGAAAAUAUUUUUCUUAAGAAUAGGCUUAUAACCAGUGCAUGUUCAAAGAACAUAUAAUAGAAAAAGGAAGAGAAGAGUUGCUUUUUAUAUGUGAGUAAUAUUAUGUCAUAUAAGGACAAUGUAUCUUAAAAAUAUGAUUGACUCACAAGACAUUUCUGCCAUUAAAUUCCAUAGUCAUUAGCUACUUUGUGAUAGUGAGGCCACUUAAUUGAAUGCAGAAACAAUGAAAGUUUGGUCCUUGGAGUGCUACCUGUAAUAAAGUCGGCUUUGAGCACCACAUAAUACAUCAGUAUAAUAAAAGAACACAGGAAAAUAAUUUUCUACUGAAUAAAUAUUAUUCCCAUGUUUCAUUUCACAUUGUCACAUGUAUUAGUGACUAUA